ACCGAUGGGGCGAAAUCCCUAGAAUCAUAGAAGAUUGUGGUGGUGGUGGUGGUGGAGAGAAAGAAGGGAGUAUAGGAAUGUCGGCGAUGCAGGCGAUCGAGAGGCGGAGUGAGGGCGCGGAGGUUUUCCAUGGGGCGGAGAUGUGCAAGAAGAAAUCGAAGGAGCUUUUGGAGGAGCUGCAUCUGCCCAAGGGUUUGCUGCCGCUAAGCGGGCUGGACGAGGUGGGGUACAACCGGGGGACGGGCUUCGUGUGGAUGAAGCAGAAGAAGGGGAGCCAGCACGUCUUCAAGAAGAUCGGGAAGACGGUGUCCUACGCGACGGAGGUGACGGCCUUCGUGGAGGACCGCCGGAUGAAGCGGAUGACCGGGGUCAAGAGCAAGGAGUUCCUCAUCUGGGUCUCCCUCUCCGACAUGUCCAUCGAUGAACGCGACCCCACCAAGAUCACCUUCAAGACCCCCGCCGGCAUCGGCAGAUCAUUCCCUGUCUCCGCCUUCGAGGAGGAGGAGGAGGAGGAGGAGAAGAAGAAGGCUGAGGAGGAGAACAAGUGAGGAUCAUAAGGGUUAUUUCAGGGGUAAAUUAUGGACGUUGCACUAUGAACUUAUGAAUGCUUUUUAUCUUUUUUUUUUUUAACUAUAAUAAUGUUACUAGGGUUCUUGGUAUUACUAUGUUUGGUAGUAUGGAUCAAUGGUAAGGGACGAAGGAUGUCUUCCAUCUUCUAAACUAUCUAUAAAUCGAUCCCUUUUCUUUAGUGGGAAGGGAAUAAACGCAACUUGAAAAAGCGGUGACGAAUCCAGCUACAGGUGGAUGUAUUGGUAAACGGACGGCUUCUUGGCGAAUAUCUUUAUCUCGCCUCCUCGUGUUUGGCACCUGGACGCA